AUGUUCAAACGUAUUGUAAAUAAUCAAGCCUUGAUCAAUGGCUUGAGACAAAUCUCGUAUGGCAUAAAGAGAGAAACAUCAUCAUCAUCUUCCGAUGAUCAACAAUCAACUGCACUUGCUCUCAGCAUUGAGACGAGUAGUAGUGGAAAUAAUGCCAUCAUUUCAACAUCAUCGCAUCAUCAUGUAAUUUUAGCUGCACCUAACAACAACAACAUUCUUGAUGUCAAUCAAUUCGAUCAGUUCUGUUCAAAUAAUCAACUAGUCUCAUCAAAUUCUGUGGUGUCCAAAGUUGGCCAACAAAUACUUGUGGAGAUGGGACCAAGGAUCAUGGAAAUUAUUCUACAACACAUGAAUGAAUCUGUUAAAAACCAUCAUCAACCUAAAGUGUGUAGAAGUGACACGAUGGUAACCACAAGUGGAGAGAGUAAAUCACAAAAUACUCGAAUGGGUUUACCUCCUUCUGACAACAUGAUUGAGAACAAGCAAGAAAAGCCUUGCUCAGACAACAAGUUACUCAAAAAGUCUACUACUCGUAAAAAUUUCAAUAGGUUUGAGGGAAAUCAAUUUUAUGGUACUAACACCAUGUUCUUAAUGGAUGAAGAAAUUAAAACAACUGCACUGCAAAACAGUCAAACAGAACUCAUGCUACAGAAGAGCGCUCAGAUUAUUGAAACAGAAAGUCCAUCCAACUCACUUGGUAUUGACACUGUGAAAGCCCUAUUGUUGGAUAUGUAUGGAAAGAUAGCUCAAUUUGUUGCAAACCUCUCCCAACAACUAUUUGGAAAGUUAUUCACCGCAGAUAAGGGCGAGCAGAAAAUCAAUCAUGCUGGAAUGAUCAGUGACAUGCAAGGAAAGGUGAUGCUCAACACCAUUUGUAACCAAUCUGUACUUAUUGUUAUUUCGUUCAUGCUCUAUGAAAUUGUUAUUUUCAAUUCAGCACCAACAUGUCAUUCUGACAUUCAAAUUGUCUUCCAAGAAUUCUUGUCAAAGAUAAUGACCUCAAUGUAA